UCGAGCAGCAAAGAACAAGCGAAGGCUGCGUUGGGCCUGGUGAAUGUGCUAGCAACAGCCAGUCAUGAACAUUGCGACGCCCAGUGCUACUUCAGUACAAAGUGUGUCCUUUGGUACUUUUACCGAGGAGGAUGUACACAAACUCAGUGUCAUUCAAGUGACGACAGAAAAGAUCUUUGACAACCUACAACAUCCGACACAUGGAGGACUUUAUGAUCCAGCGAUGGGCCCGCUGAUGCGCGGUGUUUCCUGCUCCACAUGUCACCUUGACGAGCGAUUCUGUCCAGGACACUUUGGCCAUAUCCAAUUGCCGCAGCCAGUGUACCACCCGCUCUUCUUCCUACAGCUGUUUGCGUUGCUCAGAGGCACCUGUCUCUACUGCUAUAGCUUGCGAUUGUCUAGGGCAGAAGUACACAAGUAUGUGUGCAGGCUGACCCUGCUUGAACAUGGCCUCUUGCUCGAGUCGCAAGAUUUUGCAGACAUGGACUUUUCAAAGGACGAAGAGGACUUCCUUGAGGCGGAGGAGUCAGAAGAGGAAGAAGAUGAGGCGGACAAGAAGAACGUCUCGGCUCUCAUCAAGCGUCGUGAGCGAUGGAUGGCUCUCAGAGUCAAGGCUGCCUCGCACAAAGACCGACCUACAUCCGAUGCAGCCGUUUCCAAUGCACGUCGUCUACUCAUCAAAGACUUCCUCUCUCGCAUUGCAUCCCGUCCUCGUUGCGACAAUUGCCAAGCCUUUUCACCGGCAUUCAAGAAGGAUGGCUAUGCCAAGAUUUUCGAAGUGCCCUUGGCUGGGAAGGCAAAGCAAUAUAUGGACCAGCAUGGCAGAGUCAAGCCAGAUCUAAUGCGAUUGUCAAAGGAGAAUGCAAAGGCGGCUGCGGCCAACGGUGAGCUAGAGAACGCAGAAUCAGAAGACUUGGAACUCUCCGAGGAUGAGUCUGAGGAAGAGGAGAUGCAAGCAACAAAGGCAGAUAAGAGGCGAACGCCCAAGUACGUCUUCAGCUUCGAGGUGCAUCGCAUCAUUCAGCAGCUGUUCGAGCAUGAGCCGCGCAUCACAAAUUUGCUCUAUCGUGGCGAGCGCAAAGCGAGUCCUGACAUCUUCUUCCUAAGAGCUGUUUUGGUCCCGCCCGUAAAGUUCCGACCAGCGGCAAAGCUCGGUGAUCAAGUGCAUGAAAAUAUCCAGAACGAGCUUCUGUCCAAGGUCUUGGCAGCUUCCAAUCGCAUCCGAGAAAUCAGUGUCAGUCUAGGCGACAAGGAAGAGCGUCUUUCAACAGCUUCGAGAUUGCAGCUUGAAGACCAACUCACUCAGUCCUUUGUGCUUCUCCAGCACAAUGUCAACUCUCUAAUCGACUCCAACCGGAAUCCAGACCCUAUCGGUCAAAAUCGUGAGCAUCCACCUGGUAUAAAGCAGGUGCUUGAGAAGAAGGAAGGUCUUUUCCGAAAGCACAUGAUGGGCAAGCGUGUCAACUAUGCUGCUCGCUCAGUCAUCUCACCAGACCCAAAUAUCGAGACGAGCGAGAUUGGCGUUCCUCCAGUGUUCGCUAAGAAGUUGACAUAUCCAGAGCCAGUCACAGCUCACAACUAUGCGCAGAUGCGCGCUGCCGUCAUCAAUGGCCCCUUCAACCAUCCCGGAGCAACACAUAUUCAGAACGAAGAUGGUGCUCUCGUAUCAUUGCUCAACAUGCCACAAGAUUCACGUACAGCGCUUGCAAAUCAACUUUUGACGCCACAAAACGCCAAUGGCACAGGCUUUGACGGGUCGCGCAUUCGAGCAACCAACAAAAAAGUGUUGCGGCAUUUGCGUGAUGGCGAUUUGGUUCUCAUGAAUAGGCAGCCGACGCUGCACAAGCCUUCCAUCAUGGCGCAUAAAGUGCGUGUUUUGACGGGCGAAAAGACGAUUCGCAUGCACUACGCGAAUUGUAAUACCUACAAUGCCGACUUUGAUGGAGACGAGAUGAACAUGCACUUGCCACAGAAUGAGAACGCACGGGCGGAAGCGGCGCUGAUUGCGAAUACGGACAAUCAAUACUUGGUGCCGACUUCUGGUGAUCCGCUGCGUGGUCUGAUUCAAGAUCAUGUUGUCAUCGCUGUCUGGAUGACAAAUAGGGAUACAUUUUUCACUCGUCAAGAGUAUCAUCAGUUGCUAUAUGGCACGCUACGCCCUGAGGAAGAAACAGAUCCGCAUGUGGAUCCGCGAAUCAUCACGGUUCCUGCUGCCAUUCAAAAGCCAAGACAACUCUGGACGGGCAAGCAGGUCAUCACGACACUGCUCACCAACUUGAAGCCUGUGGAACAAUAUGGCCUCAAUCUUGAGUCAAAGUGCAAAGUGGCCGGCAAGUACUGGUCGCCUGAUUCAGAGGAGGGUAAAGUCAUCUUCAAAGACGGUGCCCUGAUGACUGGUAUUCUGGACAAGUCUCAAUUUGGAGCAAGUGCAUAUGGUAUGGUCCAUUCUAUCUAUGAGAUUUACGGGCCAGAAUAUGCUGGUAGACUGCUGUCGAUGCUUGGCAGAUUAUUCACCAAGUACUCUCAAAUGCGUGCCUUUACCUGUCGAAUGGAUGACUUGCGGUUGAAUCCCGAGGGUGACUCUUGGCGUCGCGAUCUACUCCAAAAAGGCCGCAAUGCCGGCACAGAAGCAUCUUCUCAAUAUGUUGGCCUCAAGACCGCCGAUGGCAAUGCAAAAGAUCUCCGCGAUCGUCUUGAGGAGGUACUGCGUGAUGACGAGAAACUGCAGGGACUCGACGCUGCGAUGAAGGGCAAGAUGAAUAAACUGACGAGUUCCAUCAUUGAUCAGUGUAUUCCUGGUGGGUUGCUGAGAGAAUUCCCACACAAUCACAUGCAAACAAUGACGGUCUCGGGUGCCAAGGGCUCCAAUGUCAAUGUGUCGCAGAUUUCAUGUCUUCUUGGACAACAAGAACUUGAAGGUCGCCGUGUCCCCAUCAUGGUAUCGGGCAAGACACUUCCUUCGUUCAAGGCAUUUGACUCGCAAGCCAUGGCAGGAGGCUUUAUUGCAGGCCGUUUCCUAACUGGCAUUAAACCGCAAGAGUACUACUUUCAUUGUAUGGCUGGUCGUGAGGGUCUGAUUGAUACUGCCGUCAAGACCUCUCGUUCAGGUUACUUGCAGCGUUGUCUCAUCAAGCAUUUGGAGGGUAUCAAGGUCAAUUACGAUUCCACUGUGCGUGAUGCGGACGGAUCACUGAUUCAGAUGAAUUACGGCGAAGAUUCGCUUGAUGUGAUUAAGCAGAAGCAUCUCUUUGAAUUUGGCUUUUCCGCGUCCAACUUUAGGGCUCUCAAGCGUAAGUAUCGCGUUGAGGAAGUGGCAUCUCAUCCCAUGUUGGAUGUAACGAGUUCUGGCUACAAAGCAAUGAAGAAGGCCCUCAAGAAGCCUGAAAAGUAUGAUCCUGUCCUGUCCAUCUCGAAUCCAACGCGAGCUGUGGGUGUGAUUUCUGAAGCGUACCACGAGCGUCUGGAGAGCUACAUCAGCGAGAAUCCAGAGAACAUUCUUGUGGACCGCAAGACAUCCAAGGAAGACCGGUCCAGACUCAGUGGCGAGGUUUUCCGUUCCCUCAUGCACCUGCGCUAUCAAAUGUCACUGGUGGAGCCAGGCGAGGCAGUUGGUAUUUUGGCAAGUCAGUCAGUUGGUGAGCCUUCUACACAAAUGACGCUCAAUACUUUCCACUUUGCAGGAUUUGGUGCCAGGAAUGUCACGCUUGGUAUUCCACGAUUGCGUGAAAUUAUCAUGACGGCGAGUGCAUCCAUCAAGACGCCAACCAUGUCAAUGAAGCUUUUACCAUCAGUGUCUGAAGAGGAUGCUUCACUCUUUGCGAAGGAUCAAUCUCGUGUGCUCUUAUCGCAGCUGAUCGAGUCUGUCGAGGUGAUUGAGCGACUCAAGGUGACUUCUGCGGGCGAAUCAAAGCGUUAUAUCAUUCAACUCAACUUAUUCUCUGAGAAGGAGUACAUGGAUGAGUACAAUGUCAACAAGGAUCAAGUCGAGAUUGUCAUUGCCAAGCGAUUCCUUAGAGCUCUCAAGGAUUGUACGCUGAGGCAGAUUCGGAAAGCUGGAGGCAAGGUGCCUACCGUGGAUGAUGUUGGCAAGACCUCUGGCAAGACGAAGGCGUCUCAAGACUUUGAUGAGAAUGUAGCGCAUGAAGCUGGCAUCAAUGAUGAGGAGGGUGAGGAUGGUGAUGCAACAGAUGCCAAGAUGCAUGAACGCGCCAAGAUGAUGGUCUCUUAUGAGAAGCCUGAUGAUGAUGAAGAGGCAAUUCGAAAGGAAGCGAAUACGGCUGAUGAUUCGGAUCUGGAAGACUCGAUCGACAUUGACAUGAAUUCUGACGAGGAGGCUAUGGAUGUGCAAGAUGGCGAAGAUAAGGAUUCUUACGAGGUGCGCAAGGCUAUGGAAUCGCAAGCGGCAGAACAGAAGAAGCUACGCAAGGAGAUGGCUCGCAAUGCAAACGAAAACCUGGCCAAGUUUGAUUUCAAUGAACAGACAGGUGCGGUCUGUCGCAUUGAGCUGGACUACCCCACAGCAACAGCCAAAUUGCUCAUGGUGAACUUGGUUGAGGAAGCCGCCAAUAUGACGGUUGUUCAGGAGCUUUCUGGUAUUCGUCGCUGUUUCCGCAUGCCAUCAGAGGGACUCGAUGAGUCUCGACUGCUUGCGACGGAAGGUGUCAACUUUAAGGCCUUUUGGAAUGCAGAGGGCGUCAUCUCACACAACGACAUGUACUCAAACGACAUUGCUGCGAUUGGUGCUACGUAUGGUGUUGAAGCGAUGCGAAAUGCCAUCAUCAAGGAGGUGUCUGGUGUGUUUGCGGUCUACGGUAUCGGCGUUGAUCGUCGUCACUUGUCGCUCAUUGCAGACUACAUGACAUUUGAAGGUGGUUACAAGCCCUUCAACCGUAUGGGGAUUGAGUCCAACCCAUCGCCCUUCCUCAAGAUGACUUAUGAGACGACGUGUACGUUCUUAACGCAAGCGAGUCUUCAUGGAGAUAUCGAUACGCUCGAUAAUCCAAGUUCCAAGAUUGUCAUGGGUAAGUUGGCCGGUGUUGGUACGGGCGCCUUUGACGUCUUGCAAGAUCUCAGUGUCUCUGCUUAGAUCCGUCUGUGUCUCUCCUUGUACUGCGUAGCUAGCAUUCGAUAUUUUCCGUUAAUGCCAACGAUUUGAUCAUUGGCUCAUGUGACAGAGAUGAAGCCGGCUAAUUUGUCAUCUGCCAAGCUGCUAAGCAU